UGCGAGAACACCGGAAAAUAACUAACGACGAUUCCAUCCGGCUUUUAUGUCCUAUGCGCUUCGUGAAAAAUUCGUGAUUCGAAUCGAAUAUGAUCGUAGGGUAAUCGAUUCAUGAAUAACUGAUUGUCAUUCAUGAGACGCCUGAUUUUUUAAACUCUCGUGCGUUGUGGUGAACCAACGAUCAAAGGUUUUUUACUUUCACUCCCAUUCUUAACAAUAGACCUUGAAAGCAUUUUCAUAUAAGCAGGUCGGAUUUCUGAAAAGAUAUCACUCCGUAUCGGGGUAGCGAUAUACCGUUUCUGGACCGAGCCAUGGAUCGAAGUCGAAUAUUGAUUGUCGCGCUGGUGGCAUUAUUACUUCAUAGUGAAACAUUGAUAUCAGUCGCAGAUCCUUUGGCCUACCAGAUUCUGCGUGAUUUAAUUCAAUAUAACGUCGCAGGUCCACCUGUUUUCCAUGAGACAACAGACUGGGACUUUGACCCAGAGGCCGGCAAACAAAGGAGAAUCCAGUACGAGCGGGAUAACGGACGUUUCGGAGAAUAUGCAAUAGCCAAAUUAGGGACUAUGGACAUAUGGAAGAAUAAUGCUCGUGGAAAGCUGAAAGAUGAGACUAACGAACGUUCCAGGUGAAGUAAUCAUUGCAUGUAGUACAAAGUUUCCAAGAACUUUCACCAUGUCACGAUGUCGAGGAAAGAAUUACGAUGGUAGGGGAAUAAAGAAACUCAGAUUGAGUUCUGGCGCGGAUCUAAAACGCCGGAUGCAGCUACGUGAUCGAUAUCAUCUUCUAGUAUCGAGUUGU